CUCCUGGCCACACACCACACAAACAAGACACACUUGUGGAAGAAUCAUCAUGAAGACUUUCAAUCUGUGCUUACUACUAAGUCUGGCAAUAGUAGUUUACUCUUUGCCAAUAUCGCCACCUACUGAAGAAGAUGAAGCUCUUGCAGAGACCUACCUUAAGAGUUUCUACAACCUGACAGAGGAGACAGGUCCGUCAGUCAGACGGGGGCCCAGCCAGAGGAGCAGGAAAGUCAGCGAGAUGCAGAAGUUUUUUGGCCUAAAGGUGACAGGAUCCUUGGACACUGAGACUGUAACAAUGAUGAAGAAGCCACGUUGUGGGGUACCUGAUGUCCACCUCGGUCGUUUCUCCACCUUCGAUAACCUUAAGUGGCAAACGAACCAGCUUACUUACAGGAUUGAGAACUACACUCCUGACAUGUCUGAAGCUGAGGUAGACGACUCCCUAGAGAGAGCACUGCAAGUGUGGGCCAAGGUUUCUCCCCUGAGGUUCACCCGCAUCUACAGUGGCACUGCUGACAUCAUGAUCUCUUUUGGAUCAAGAGAUCACGGUGAUUUCUACCCCUUUGAUGGACCUGAUGGCACCCUGGCCCAUGCAUUUGCCCCUGGCGCCAACAUUGGAGGAGAUGCUCAUUUUGAUGAUGAUGAGGACUUCAGCUUCAGCUCAAACAGAGGGUACAACCUGUUCUUGGUGGCUGCCCAUGAGUUGGGUCAUUCCCUCGGUCUCAGCCACUCCAAUGACCCUGGAGCACUGAUGUACCCGAUAUACAGCUACACAGACCCCAGAACCUUCUUACUUCCCCGCGAUGACAUCAAUGGUAUCCAGUCCAUCUAUGGCUCAAACCCAGAUGUUGACCCCAAUCCAGACAAACCAGGCCCUACACCCCCUUCCACCCCUGAUGCAUGUGACCCCACCCUGGUUCUGGAUGCUGUCGCAACUCUGCGUGGAGAGAAGAUGUUCUUCAAGGGCAGAUUCUUCUGGCGUAGCUACUCCCAGAACAGCCAACCAGAACUAAACAUCAUCAAGACAUUUUGGCCUGAAAUACCUGACAACGUUGAUGCUGCUUACGAGAGCCUGCUAUCUGACAACGUGUACAUCUUUAAAGAUCGUCAGGUCUGGGCUCUCAGUGGCUAUGACGUAGUCCCUGGCUAUCCCAAGAACCUUCAAAACUUGGGCCUACCAAAUACUGUGAAGAAAGUGGAUGCUGCCCUGUACAAUGAAAAUUCUGGAAAGACCUUGUUCUUUGUUGGUGAAUACUACUACAGUUACGAUGAAGAAAAGAAAAAGAUGGACAGGGGUUUCCCAAAGCGUGUGGAUGAAGGAUUCCCAGGCAUGACAAGCAAAGUGACUGCAGCCUUACAGGUCCAAGGAAACACCUACCUCUUCAGUGGUCCCAAUGUGUUUGAGUACAACAUGCGGACAAAGAGACAAUCCCGCGUUCUAGGAAACAGUUACUUCCUGCCCUGUUAGCACAUCAACCUCAUGAGCUGUUUAAGUAACAGCCGUGAACAUCAAUGCAUGUAGCAAAAUGAAAAAUAUUUUUUUCUUAUAUUUUUGGUGUAAUUAAUAAGUUGUAAGAUGGAUUCAAUCAGCAGUUAUUUAUUUAAGAAACAGUGUUAUAUUUGAAAGAAAUCUAUUCGUCACCUUUAAAUAUCUAUAAAUAUACAUUUGUAUUAAAAAAAUCCUAAAUGUUUCUUUUUCAAUUGUAACCUAACUAAUUUAAGGUGUUCAAUAUAGUAUCUUUACAUAUUCAAAUAAAUUCAAAGUUACUGUGAUAUCUGUGUUGGCUGUUGUCUUUUACAAUGGUUGAUUCGUAGUGGAAACAUUAUAGAGGUUUGUUUUUUUCAUUGCUGAAUAAUGUUAGAUAAAUUGUAUAGCCCUAGUUGUUUGAUAAUGGGUAUUUCAAACAGGACUUGCUCCCUCAGGAGUAAAAUCUCCUGAGCCCUCAUGAAAAAGUACUAAAUAAUUACUCAUUAAUACUGCACAAGAUAUACAAAACCUACUGAAUUGACUACUUGGUUACUGUUGUAGAAUUCCAAUUAUGUGACCUGGUAAGUUCAUUUGUUGAUGAAUAAACAUUGUUAAAUGUG